UGGCCGCCCGGUGGCGGCUGGGGGGCUGAGGCAGCGGCGGCGAUUCCGGCGAGCCAGGCCGCGAUCCCCGUUUUCCGGUCAGGAUGAUCGGCGCGCCCGACGUGGUGGCCUUCGCCAAGGAGGAGGCGGCGGCCGAGGAGGCGGCGGCAGCGGCGCGCGAGCCGGGCCUGCCCGAGGAGUACUCGGUGCCGCUGCUGCCCGCGCCAGGCCGCGGCGCCCACCCGUGGUCCCGGCGGGGCGGCUUGGGGGGCGGCUCGGGGGGCUGUCCGCCGCCCUUCCCGCGCGACUUCCUGCUGGUGGCCGAGUUCUCGGAGCAGGUGGGCCCGCAGCCGCUGCUGACGGUGCCGGCCGGGGAGGCUCCAGGGGGCUUCGACCUGAACUACUUCGCCUUGCGCAUCAUGUCAGUGGACUACCAGGCCUGCGCGGCGGGGGCAGCCCCGGGAGGCCCCUACCCGCGCCUGCGCUUCGCCCGGGACUCGCAGGUGGUGCUGGGCGACUCCAAGGCGGGUGCCUUCGCCUAUGUGCACCACCUGACACUCUACGACCUGGAAGCACGUGGAUUCGUGCGGCCCUUCUGCCUGGCCUACGUGUCAGCCGACGAGCGCAAGGUCAUGCGCCUCUUCCCGGAGCUCUCGGCCCAGUUCUCAGGAGCCUCCGAGGGCCUGAAGGACGGCAACCGCAGGGCCUUCGCCCGUGAACUGGAGAAGAAGCUGCGCGACCUGGACUAUACCCGGUCCGUGCUGCACCGCGAGACCGAGCUGCAGAAGCGCAGCCUGGCGAAAGGCUGCUACUCCAGCCGAGCCAUCGAGAAGGCCAACGAGCUGGCCAGCGUGGAGAAGGCCAUCAUCGAGCACCGCGACCUGCUCCGGCAGAUCCGAUCCUAUCCACCCGGACGGCGGAAGCAGGCCAGCGGGCCUCCCUGCGAGCCGACUGGAGAGGACGCCCAGCCAGAGUUACCGGUUGAUGAUACGUUGCCACCGCCUUGUCCCCAGGGCUCCUCCUACACCCCGAAGCUCAUCCAGGCCAAAUCCAGCAAGUGCUUUGACAAGAAGCUGAAAACCCUGCAGGAACUCUGCGAGGAGCGCUCCUUCAGCCAGACCCUCGACCGCUUGCACCGGAUCGAGAAGAUGUUCCGGGGCGACGUUUGCUACCUCCUGAUCAACCGCAUCAGCAGAGCCCUCCUGAAGCAGCAGGCAUUCGCCAGCUUUCUUUUUGAAGAUGUGUCUCUCCUGGAUGAGGAGCAGCAGGAAAAGCCCUUUGAAGUCAGUCCGGGGCAGAACCUGGACCCUCCCAACGUGGCUUGUUUGGAAAGCGGACCAAGUCCUGAGAUACUCAUCGACCUUGCCUCUUACAAAUCCAGUGUGGAGUCUGUGCCGAUUAAGAUGGAUCCAGAGGUUGAAGACAGGCAAGACCCAGAGGUCUCCCACUCUGUCCCUUAUGACAAUGUCGAACUUCUAGAUGUCGACCUGAAAGGGAGCGUCAGCAGCGGCGAAAGCAUUGAAGUUUUGGGAACGGAGAAAUCGGCCACCACUUCUGUCCACUCUGAAAGUCAGUCAGGGUUGCUACAAGCGCCCCCCAGCCCCCCCGUGGUGAGGGAGAAAGCCGCCAGCAGCAGGACCAUUAGCGGAGACAGCAUCGAAGUCCUCAGUACCUGCCCCUCAGAGGCCCUGAUCCCAGACGAUUUUAAAGCAAGCUACCCAAGUGCCAUUAACGAAGAUCCUUACGGUGGCGAAGAAGAGGAGGGCUUCCUGUUCAGCCGUGACUUAACUCUGGACAGCACCGAAGAGGAGGUGGAAGGCAGCCCUGCACCUGAAGCCCCUCCGGGGGAUGCUUCUUGCUGCAUUGGCAAAGAGAGCCCCAACUUCCUUGAGGGUCAAGCCAAUGUGCCUCCCAGACACAGCGAUGACGACGGCGUGGUCAGCAUCCCCCCACAGCCAUACAGGCCAGGUGACGCAGGGUUUCAGGUGAACUUCACAGACUGCUCCCACGAUGGGGUCCUGGGAGGCCUCCUUGCCUACGAACUCGAUCCUCAUUACCUCUGUGAUGGCCGAGAAACCAGAAAAAUGAGCCUGGAUAAAUGCUCGGAUUCCACGAGUUACAUGAGCAGCGCGGCGUCCACCAACUCCGACCGGACCCCGUCCCCCGCUGCUCUCCUGGGAGAAAAGCCCAAGAAGGCUGGGCAGAGCGCCUUGCGCUUCAUCCGGCAGUACCCCUUCGCCCACCCUGCCAUCUACUCUCUGCUGAGCGGGAGGACCCUGGUGGUGCUGGGAGAAGACAAGGCCACCGUGGAGAAGCUCAUUGCUGCCCUCUCCAUUUUUGUCCCCAAUUCCGGCGCAUACGCCAAGCCCGUGAAGCACUGGGCUACCUCGCCUUUGCAGAUCACGGACUUUCAGAAGUGGAAGCUGGUGGGGCUCCAGAGGUCAACCUCUCCAGGUGGCCCCAACAUGAUGCAUUCUCUCAGCCGAUACAGCCGAUACAUCAGCGUGCUGGACGCCGACCACAAGACCCUCCGCUGCCCGCAGUACCGAGGGCACCUGAUCCUCCGGCUGGCCGACCACCGCACCCAGAUCAAGCGAGGGAGCACCUACCAAGUGCACGUCCAGACCCUCCUCACCCAGCUCUGCUCCAAGGCCUUCCUCUACGCUUUCUGCCAUCACCUGCACCUCCCCAUCCGAGAAGGGGAGACGGAGGACUCGGUCACCGCGCGGCGGGAGAACUUCUUGAAAGUCCAGCUGGGUCUGGCAAACGAGGACCGCAGAGUGAUCCAGUAUCUGGCCGAGCUUCUGAAAUUGCAGUACAUUCAGGAUCCCAUCUGCGGGGUUAGCCCCGUGCUCAGGUUCGAUUACCUGCCCAGCUCCUUGUACAAAAUUUAGGCGGCCUCCAGAGCCUGCCCUGCCAGUGUCCCUCCUCGCCCCACAUUCGUCUGUGGCCCUUAACAGGCUUCCACCCUUCCAGGACUGUCCCUGAGAGCGAUAAGAGGUUAAAGUGAGACUCCAGACACCUGGCACCGCUGCCAGGUGGCUCUCAAAAGGCAAGAGAGCAGCGUUUUGUACGGAGGGGGCAUGAAUGUGGCAGGCAGUCAUGAACUUGAGGAAGCUGGGAUAGCCGAGUUUGUGAGCGAGUUCUUCCGGUCGGGUCUCUUGCAGAUCGGUGGGAUAUCUCCAGUGCAUCUCAUUUGCAUGUGGGUUAGUAUUCCAACUAAUGUGAAUU